CUUCGUUCGCAGACAUUCAGACCGACUUGUCGAGACAUUCGGGAGUGUAAUGCCAAGUGUUGUGCACAAAAAAGGGUUUUGAUUUGUCUAGUCGUGCAACGUUGGCUUUCCUGCAUUAAAGGGCAGCCUUGUAAACCUCGAGUCUGCGUCGCAUCGAUCCGGAAGAGAACGAUGCCACGUCCCUUCUUAGCAGCACGCGACUCAAGGAAAAAGGUCCAGUAACCUACGGAUCGAGUGUCUGUGCGGAUCACUAGAACAAUCUCUCCCACGUUUUUUUUUUCAGAUAAAAAUCAAAAAAGAAAAGUACUGGGUGGUCGGUUCGCUGUGGAGCCCAUAACAUUUUUUUGCAAAUGCUUAGCCUAAAGCUCGUUUCGACUCACUGUUUGAAACAGCCGUAGAUUGGGUCUGACAUUUUCCAAAAAACAUUUUUAAUUGGUGGAAAAAAAAAAAUCAAUUUCUUCAGUCACACAAAGAAAGGGCCAAAAAUGUGUCGUGAUCGUGAUAUGGCAUGUGCCGGGUGAAACUUCACCCUGCAGACUCAUUAGGAACAAAGAAAAAAACAAAUUGCAACGCUUUUUUAGUGGGUUUUCUGGAUCAACUAAAUAACUGAAGUGCCUCAACGUCAACCUUGGCCGACAACCUGGAGCGAUUUGAUUGGGAGGAGAAUAACAGCAGGCCCUGUAUGAUGAGACGACGAACGUCCUUCGAAACAUUCGAUAUCGACAAUGUCCCAUCUCAGGCUCUGAGUGGCUACGAAAACGAGGAAGAAACAAGCAACAAUGGCCGGACUUUGCAGUCAGAUUCAAAAAGGACAUCCUGUAUCCCGAUAAGUCAUCAUGCGCCCGUCCAUUGUUCGCCGACUGGGCACCGAUGGGGCGGCGGUGGAGGACUGGAUCCGACAGAUAAUAGCAAUGAUUACACACCGUGGAACGACAGGAAUGAAGACUUGGUCGUUGCCAGAACGAUCACCGUACAAGAUGAAAGCGAUUACAAUCCAGCCUCCAUCACAGUUCAAAUGUCCAUUUGGAAGGAAUUGUCUGCUGGGCAGCUAUCCGAUGAAACUCAGAGCUCGAGCAGUGAUGCAACGCUGUGCUGGCGACGUUAUCCUUUCGCUUUAGAGGAUGAAGCGUCGUCGCCUAUUUCUUACGGCUCACCAGCCACUUAUCCCAUUGUUCCGGACGAACAGCUCGAAGUCGUUUCUGCCGAUAAGGAGCAUGAAGAGCGUCGCAUUCUGGAACGCUUUGCCAGUUUCCCGAGCGCAAACAAGAGCAGACCCGUGUCGAUAUUGUUGGGCGGUGGAAGCGGGACGCCCAAGGGCGGCCGACGGCGCAAUAAGCGAAAGGACUGCGACAGUCCACGUUCAUCCGUCGAAGACAAAAAUAUCGUCAAACACGAAGCUUUGACGCCAGACGUUGUUCCGCCGGAAUCGAUGGACCCGGAAAAGUGCGCUAGUGGUCAAGGGCAAUUUCGGCAACAGCUCUGUUUUGACUUGAUGCAAUUACGAGACAAAGAAGAAGAUGACGAUGGCAGUGAGAAUGGUGACAGACAGGGCAACGAGCCAGUUACCAGCCACGGAAUGAGACCAGCCAGAGGCUGGGCUUCGCUAAACAGCCUCCCGGACGAAGAAGAUGAGGACGUGACAGUUUCGCCGCGAGUCCUGUCGCCAGAGAUGGAUGAGCCAGCUGGAUCGUUUCAUGUGCGCGGCUUUCACGGUCGAUGCAAAGAACCUCAAGAAAAGCGGACCGCUUUCAUCGCCCUGGGCAACCUAAAUAACUUGCACAGUGCCAAUCGUAACCUUGUCGGAACGGACGAACAUCCUGCCACCAUUCGGGCCAGGCAACUCGUCCAGCAAAUUCACAGUUUGAAACAAAAAGUCAAGUUGUACGAGGAUGCGUUUGAGCUGCGUUACGGGUACAGGCCGUCUCAUCAUCAGAAGAUGGACGAUCGCAAUACGAAACGGGUUUUAACUGAAUUGGCUCGUACCCGUAAAGAAUUGAAACAAUUGAAGGAGCGCUAUCACUUGGCUGAGUCGGUGGAGAUAGCUGAGACCCGAGACCCGGCAGGCACUACAACCACGGCCACCUUCUUUUCCAGGGAAAGGCCAUCGGCACCGUGUACGCCGUCGGUCGAAGAGACGGUGAUCGAAGUCCAAGAGCAUUUGACCAACAACAGACAAUUAGCUGGACGUGCGGAAGCCAUUGAGAAAUUAACUGCCAAAGAAGUGUUGGAUGAAAAAUUAGCUGUCCAGCGAGCUUUGCUCUACGUCGAAUCACUCCACGGACGGCCGGCAUCGUACAGACAUAAAGAUCUGUUGAGACCACUCUACGAUCGCUAUAGAAUCCUCAAGCGAAUGGUGGUGAGGUCGGGAGUAUCGCGCUCUAAAGAAGAAGUCUGCGAUUUAGCCCCUAUUCUCGAGUACGAGACACUUGAACUGUGCGAAACGCGGCCUGGUGGAUUGUUGCACCGACAUUCGGCACCGGCUACCCCAUCGCUGGAAUCGAUGGAAGAAAUGGAUCUGCGUGGUGCCUCUGCCAGCCGUCAACGUCAUCUCGUGACGCCCAGCACAGGCAUGGAGCUACGCAAAGAUCAGGAUUUAGCCUCCUGGAACACGGACGAUCCGAUGCUGGUCAUGUGGAAACGCAAAAAGAUCUCACUUAAUAUCGACGAAAAUCUACACGCUCUGCCAUUAAAUCAACUUAUGGAACAGCUGCGUCAUGUUCGUGAAGAUAAACGUCGAUUGAGACGGGCCAUUCGCGAUUUGGAAGCGGACGUGUUGCGUCAUCAAAGCCCAGCGCCGAGAUAUUCUUCGGCAGGUGAUGAGGAUGUGGACGGACAUUUGGAGCCCGUCUACGCUCAGUACCGCCAUGCUCGGGCCAAAUUGCGGCUGCUGGAAGCGUUGGUAGCCAAACACGAUGGCAGUGCCACCUUAUAACGUUUCGUUAUUUUUGUUUUUUCGCGAAAAGAAACUCACCUCAUUCAUCUGUUACCAAAGAAAAAACUGCCGGAAAUUACGAAACUCCCAUCAUGUCCUUUUUUUUUUCAUUUUUGUUUUUGUUAAUAAUUGGCAGCUGCGAUGUUGCAAACUUUGUUCGUUUGGCCAGUGCUAUUAUUGGCUUCGGUGGGUCGAAGCCUCUGAAAGAAAAAAAAGAUUAAGAUUAAUUUGGUAUUUAUAUGGAUUCCUGUUCUUACAAAUGUGAAUAAUGGCUGACACUUAGUUAGUUGAAAAGCUUUAUCGCUAGAUUCGUGGUCACUAUGUUAUUUUGCUGUUCGUGUACGGGGUAAAAAGAAGAAUAUGGAAUCAUGUUUCGCUAUUUUAGAAGAAGAAACAAGGGAGAGGAAUCUGCGUACAAACAAUUAUAAAAAGAGAUCCUCUGUCCUCUCUAUUUUUCUUUUGAUAAUGUUUAAAAAAAGAGUUUAUUGUUCUCAAAAAAAAAAAAAAAUACCCUAACACAGAACGGAAAGAAUGACGUACACAUGUAUAACCUUAUAUCUCUUUUGUCUGUCGCAACUCGAAUCUCACUGCAAUAUCAUCUACGUGCAAACUUUGGUGCCACGCAGAGCGCCUCUCGGAAAUUUUUUUGUUUUGAUAUAUCAUCAGAGUCUUGAUAGACUGUAGUGUCUCGUCUGUAAUAUCGUUGAAAAUAUACCAAUAACUACCGAACAUUGAA